AAUUUCGUUUAGUUACUUGUUAUUUUAAAGCUUACUGGAAGAUGCCAAUAUCAAGGAGGCACCGCCUUUGUCCUUAAACACUCGACUGCGGUUGCGGUCAAAUGAAGCAGCAUAUAGAUGCAGCCAUUUCGAUAAAAACAUCCCGUCAAACUGUUUGCCGUCACUUCAUUUUCCCAGCGCUCUUAACCAUACGAACUGCACAAAAUGCGCCAGACAAGGGCAGUAUUGAACUUUGCGUUGGUUGUGUUUUUGUUUUUUGUUGCCGUAGCCUUGGCUGCGCCUGCACCGCUGGCGGGGCGGACGUGGGAUGAAUCAACAACUGAGAACGAUGAUUGCAAUCAAAACGAAGAGCAGGACCAGAGUCGAUGGGAAUCAAAGGUAUACAGAGAGACCAUACAGUUUCAAGUCGCCAAUGAUCAGAUCUCUAGCACAUGGAUAGGUGGGGUGGAUUUUACUCUCAAGAUUUGGUACGACGGAUUCUGCGCACACCUACAUCUCAUCAAUCCCGCAAGCCUUCCAUCCGCUACCUGGCGACUUGCCAUCUCACUACCACCAAACUCGGAUCUCUACACCAGCUGGAGCGGAGACUAUGAGGAACUUUCAGAUGACGGCCAACAGUAUAUUGCCUCCCCACAAGACUGGAAUGCCGAAAUUGUGCCGGGUAGUAGUAAGACGACUGGAUUCUGCGUCCAGUUUCCCAGUCCAGAGGAUACGAUGGGCAUGGAACCACCACGCUUUCUACUCAAGAUGUAUGCAAACGAGGAAGAUGCGGAUAACGACUCUGUUGAGACCAUUAGCCCUCCACCGAUAUCUUUGACCACAAUUUCCGGUCCUACGCCGUCACCUUCUGGUUCGGUCACAACCACCCCAAUUCUGGCGCCGCAUACCUUAGUACCCAUCUCAUCUCAGUCGAGUGCAGUAUCUAAUGCACCGGCUGUGUCUUCCCCGAGUCCAACAUUGGUGCCAUCGGUUGUACCCUCUCCUAGCCCCAAUAGAGCGCCGAGUGCUACUCCGCCGUCUGCGUCUCCAUCUCUAUCUCCUAGUACUGCGUCUCAGCGUCCGUCUUCUACUCCGAGUCCCUCGGCAACGCCAUCAUCAACGCCAGUGCCUAUUUCCUUACCCAAUACUGACCCGUUGAUUGCCAAAGCUCAGGCAGGGAAACUAUUGGUUGGAUACUGGGGACAGAACAUUGCAUUUUCCAACCCUGUCGUUACUGGCGCCGCUGCUCCGGAAAGCGAGAUUGAUGCUUAUUGCUCAGGACCCUACGACGUUCUCAACAUUGCUUUUGCAAAUGUUUUCAAAAACGCCGAAAACACAAUCGAUAUCAACUUAUCCAGGCAUUGUGGUACCACUUUCCCAGGAAGCACAGUUUUGAACUGCCCAGAGGUAGGCCAAGCUAUCCGGCGGUGCCAAGCUCUAGGCAAAAAGGUGUUUCUUUCUCUUGGUGGCGGGAUUGCUUCGGUCGGUUUUACCGAUAUAUCUGAUGUCAAUCGAUUCACUACGGCGCUCUGGAACAUGUUUCUGGGAGGUUCCGACUCGGCUUUUGUCCGUCCCUUUGGCGCUGGCGUCAUUUUGGACGGUCUUGAUUUGGAUGUGGAAGGCGGGAGCGACUUUGGCUACGAUAUCUUUUUGCAAGAUAUUGUGAGGCUCAUGCGGGCCAGUGGAAGAACAUUCUACAUGAGCGGGGCACCCCAAUGCUUUUUCCCGGACGUCCUUCAGAACACUGCUUAUGCCAAAGGCUACUUUGACUGGCUGAAUAUUCAGUGGUACAAUAAUGCCUGUGGUAACAACGCUUAUCCCAAUCGUCCUUGGCGCGAUGCCGUCGAGUUUUGGUUCAAUUGGGCCAACACAGUUUCGGUCAACCCGAAUGUCCGUCUGCUAAUCGGGGCCCCUGCGUCAGUAGCAUCAGCCUCUCCGAUCAGCUUUGUUCCGCUCCAAGCGGCUGGUGCAUCGACCCCUAGCUUGGCCAACAUUGUUGGGACAUGGAAGAGUGAAUUUUCAUCACGAUUUGGUGGCAUUAUGCUCUGGGAAGUCACAACAGCUGAAGCAAACGGAGACUACGCACAAGGCGUUCGAGCGUUGCUGGGUGCUUAAUAACCGUCCGCACCAGAUUCUUUUAUUUAUAUUUAAAUUGUAUUUAUGUUGUACGUAAGGUUAUAUUAGUAGGAAAAUGGAGUUUAUGUGAAGUAGUAUUUAGGGGAUGGUUGAUUUUGGUGUGAGUUCUAGCUAGGAAUUUUCUACCUACAUGACACUUCUUGUGGAUAAAAAUGAUCCAAAACAUUAAACCCGACAUUUUGCCAA